CAACAGUCGAAAAUAAUAAUAAUAAUAGUAAUAGUUCGAAAAACAAUAAUAAUAGUUCUUCGGGACCAUCAUCAUAUUCAUUUAAAUUGUGGAGUUUGGCAAAUGUAUGGAGUCCUUAUAAUUAUAUAACAAAUAUGGCACCCAAAGACGAUACAAUUUCCAAUCAAUACUUUAUGAAAUGUCAAAAAUGUCAACUUGGUUUUUCAACGCUUCCAGCACUUAAAGAACAUUUGGAUGUUGAACAUCCGCAAUUAUUUUUUGAAGAUAAUAAUUCACCAAGAUCUGUUAUCAGUUCGGAUGAUAUAAAAACACCAUCGGCAUCAUUAGCAUCAGAUUUAUCGUCGCCUACAUCAUCAACAUUCACGGAUCCAUCAUCUCCGAAUAGUAUUAGCGGUGGUCUUCAUACGACAUUUAGUUUUAACUGUACACAAUGCCCUAUGGGUUUUACAACAAAAGAACAAUUUAAGAAACAUGAAGCUACUCAUCCGCAAGUUAGUUGUAAAACAUGCCAAAAAACAUUUGCCAACGUAUAUCGUCUUCAACGACAUAUGAUUAGCCAUGAUGAAAGUGAAUCAUUACGUAAAUUUAAAUGUACGCAAUGCGAAAAAGCUUUUAAAUUUAAGCAUCACUUAAAAGAGCAUAUUCGUACACAUAGCGGUGAAAAACCAUUCGAAUGUCAUAAUUGUGGUAAACGUUUUUCACAUUCCGGAUCGUACUCAGCUCAUUCGACACAAAAAAAGUGCUUAGCAACUAAUUCGGUAAUUAAUCCAAAUGAAAAUAAACGCAUGCGUACUAGCAACACAUCAUCUAUUGACAAAUAUGAAAAUGUGAAAACUGAAGAAUACAGUACAAAUUUACCAGCACCUUACAGCUUUCCACAUUUUUCACCAUCGUUUAAUGAACAUGAUGCAAUUGCCGCUUUUUUAGCAUCAAUGCGUGCGAAACAUUUUCCUUUAAAUUUUCCACCAUUUUAUCAUUUUCCACCUCAAAUUGUGAAAUAUAAAGAUGAAUAUGAUGAUGAAAAUGAAACAAAAGAAGAAAAAAUGGAAACGGAGGAACAAAAUAUUGAUGUUGUUAAGGUUGACGACGAUAAUAAAAAACUUGAAGAUGAAACACCGAAUGAUUUGAGCAAUAUUAUUCGGAAAUCUUCGUUAUCCUCAAGAAAUAGUACAACAUCAUUAUCCGAAGGCUUAGCAAUGAAAUUAGAAGACAAUUAUCAUUCCGAAAAAUAUAAUGAUGUAUCCGAAAAUGAUCAUUCCAUUGAAGAUUUUGAUGAAACAUCCUCAGCUAGUGAUGAACGUAAAGUUCGAGUUCGAUCACUAAUUGGUGAGGAACAAUUAACAGUAUUAAAAGAAUAUUACAAUACGAAUCCAAAACCAAAACGUGAGGAAUUAGAACAAAUUGCUGAUCAUAUUGGAUUUCCAGUACGUGUUGUACAAGUUUGGUUUCAAAAUACUCGAGCACGAGAUCGUCGUGAAGGUAGAUGGUAUAAUAUUGAACAAAAACCGUAUUCAGAACAAAUUUUACCGGAAUCAUCUGAUGAACCAUUGGAUUUAUCGAUUAAAAAAUCACCGAUAUUAGAGGAGGAACAUUAUAAUGAGGCAGUUAAUUUAAGUCAAAAAUCCUCUCGAUAUUUGGAUAAUUCAGAGAACUUCCUAACUUCACAACACAUUUCACCAAUUUUAAAAUCAAAUUUAUUUGAAUUGAAAAAACAAUCUCCGAUGUAUUUAAAAACAAUUACGAAUCAAACAAAAUCUCAACAAGAAUGUGAUAUUAGUAAAUUUCGUUCGAUAUCUAUAGUUAAUAUUGAUAUUAAUACUGGACAAUUUGUAUGUGAUCAAUGUAAUAAAGCGUUCGCAAAACCGAGUUCCUUGGCACGGCAUAAAUAUGAACAUUCAGGUCAACGGCCAUACAAAUGUGACCAAUGUACAAGAGCUUUCAAGCACAAGCAUCACUUAACGGAGCAUAAACGAUUACACACUGGAGAGAAACCAUUUCAAUGUGGAAAAUGUUUAAAACGAUUUUCACAUUCUGGAUCAUAUAGUCAACAUAUGAAUCACAGAUAUUCCUAUUGUAAACCAUACAGGGAAUAAUUUUAUGUAUAAACAGUAUUUUUUUUUAUAACAUAGUGUAAAUAAAGGCCUAAAUCGGUACCUGUA